AUGACGCAAUCGUCGACACCACCGAGAAUUUACAUCACGUUCGUGGAGGAAGACACCGCGGCCAGGAACGAAGGAGGACUCGAGGUGUUUGACGGCGAUCCACGUCCGGUGGAGAUCCCUUCGGAAAUGGUUAAACAGCGGCAGGAUACGCGAACAAACCUCAACUCCGAGGGUUCAUUUCCACUGCAAAGUGCGGCAGACGAUGGCGGCCCUUUCGAUGGUUUUAAUAAGCAUCCGCGAACGGAACAAACGAUGCUCACACGCAGUGUGACGGGAACGAUGCCGAGAUUAGAUUUCGACCGUAAACAGCAUCUAACACCUCUCUUCUCACUCCACAGAUGUCCCUCGGUGGAGCGAAACUGGCCAACAACGUCACAACCGGUCGCCUUGUUGAUCGUGUUCGCGUUCCUGUGGGCCGUAGCAACCUGCUUGUUACCAUCGGAACUGACACACCCUGCCGGAGGGUUGAUGCGGCUCGUGUUUCUGUUCGUUGGAGCUCAAACGUGCGGCAUGGUCGUCGCACUGACCGGACUUCCGGACAUGCUGGGUAUGCUGUUCUGGGGCGUGCUGUACGCCAACGUCGGUUGGGCGGAUUUCCGUGGGUUCGAGCGGCUGGAGGUGUUCCUGCGUGAGAUGGCCCUUGUCAACAUAAUGCUGCUGGCCGGGCUCGGUCUCGACUAUGGCGCCCUUCGGAGUCUGUUUCGCUUCAUCAUGCUGCUCACCCUCGUGCCAACUGCGGCUGAGGUUGCGACCGUGGCCAUACUCUCGCACUACCUGCUCGGGUUGCCCUGGCUUUGGGGUGUGCUGUUGGGCCUGGUAGAGACGGCCAUCUCGCCGAACGUCGUCGUGACUGUGCUGCUGCGGCUGAAGGAGGAACGGCUCGGGUUGAAUAAGGGCAUUCACACAUUAAUCAUCGCCACGACAAGCUGUAAUGAUGUGCUGGCAAUUUUCCUGUUCGGUGUCAUUCUGGGGGUGAUAUUUUCCACCGGAGACCUCACCAGCCAGAUCCUGCAGGGACCGAUCGGUAUCGUGAUUGGGCUCGUCUACGGUGGCCUGUGUGGGUUCGCGUUGCUGCACGUGCCCUCUUAUCACGCGAAAUACACCAACGGCCUGCGGUUCUCGAUGGUAGCGCUGGCCGGGACGCUAUCGGUGGCUGGUAGCAAAACGGUGGGCUAUCCAUCGGCUGGCGCUCUUGGGUGCAUUGUGACGGCGUUCGUUGCGGGUACUGGGUGGCGUAAACGACCCCCAACCGAGUGCAACGAAGUCAGCAUGUACCUGGACCUGCUGUGGAAGUUCCUCAAGCCGGUGUCGUUCUCGCUGAUCGGGAAGGAGGUGAACUUUUCCGUUCUCGCCGGCGAAACUGUGCUGUAUGGUGCGAUAACGCUGCUGGUCGCGGUGCUGUUACGGUUGGUUUGCUCGUAUCUUUGCACCAUGGGCAGCGAGCUGGAUUGGAGAGAGAAAGCGUACGUCACGUUAUCCGGAUUACCGAAGGCCACCGUUCAGGCUGCCCUUGGACCAGCCGCCCUUGAUCUUGCCCGGAGUCUGAACGCCCAAGAGGAGUACGCCCGAGCGCAAACGGUGCUGAUCGUGACGGUGCUGGCGAUCAUCCUGACCGCACCGCUAGGCGCGCUGCUCAUGAUCAAGCUGGCUCCACGUUGGCUGAAGCGAUCUAAGGACGAUGGUGUCGAUCUGCCCACCCAAGAUGCUGGACUGGCCCAAGAACGGGUUUAG